GCGUAAUCACUUUCUUACAAUAAAAGCCCUGCAAAUAAGUGGGGUGAUGAUUCAUUGCGGGAACCGUUACACUUGAGCUACGUGAGCCAUAUACUCUCACUCUUACCUUAUAAUGUCUUCUAUAUAAGCAAACCAAAGCACAAAGCAUCACCACAAACCAAAAUAAACAACUCAAUUCACAAAAAGCUUACUAAGCAUUACGAUGGAGCCAACAAAACGUUCUCUCUCUUGCCUUGAGUCAAUUCCAGAUGACAUGUUGCGCCUCACCAUCUCUAAAGUUGGGUCUGCCUCAUCCACCGACUUUAUCAACUCCCUCCUCACCUGCAAGAGUAUGAACUUCAGUGUUGAUGAUCCCUUGAUAGCCAAGGAUCUCAGCCUUGCACCCUUGGUGAAGAAGCCUCUUCUUGCUAAUAGGUAUAAAAAGUUGAUGGAUAGUUGUUUGGGGGCCAAGAACGUAGACGCGCACUACGUAAAGGGUACUCUUGAGUACUUCUAUUUCAAGAAUCAACUCUUAGGCCUUCAUCACUUACGUCUUGCCUCCAAGGGGGGUCAAAAGGAGGGAAGGUACCUUUAUGGUCUUAUUCUCAUGGCCUUGGGCAUGAUAGAGAAGGGCAAGAAGAUACUCACCAAAUUGACGGAUGAAGAAGGCAUUGCUUCUGUUAAGAAUAUCUGGGAAACCAUCCAGAAUUCCCUCAGUGAGCUUAACGUCCAGAUGAAGGACGUAUAUGAGAAAUCAUAUGCGAGUAUGAAGCCAGAAGUUAAUUGUCACCCACAAGAGAUCAACAGUGUUUGUGCAAAGUGUUUCCACUUUUACCUCAUGUCUGAUUUUUUUGAGAUGGUGAUAGGUCUCAGCCCAGCGUCUGCAACUGGAAAAAAAGAUUAGCAUAAGACGUUGGAGACGGUUACGAGUGGGAUGCCUCUUGAGCCAAGUUUCAAGUUUUUACUUUCAGUUUUUU